AUGAUGCCGGCCCCAAGUUCCCUCGCCUCCAGCCUGGCCCUCCUGCUGCUGUGGGGCGCAGUCCGAGCAGGCCCUUUCUCUCCCCCCUCCAACAUGACCCUCCCAGCCCCACGGCCCCCUCCUCGGCCAGGGGGCCGCACAGCGGAGCCAAGAGCGGGGAACCCCUCUUCUCAGCUUUAUGAGCACACCGUAGAAGGAGGGGAAAAGCAGGUGGUGUUCACCCACCGCAUUAACCUGCCCCCUUCAGCUGCCUGUGGCUGUCCCCCAGGCUCUGAGCCCCCAGUCCCUGCUUCCGAGGUGCAGGCCUUGAGGGUCCGGCUACAGAUCCUGGAGGAGUUGGUGAAGGGGCUCAAGGAGCAGUGCACUGGGGGGUGCUGCCCUGCUGCUGCUCAGGCUGGCACAGGCCAGACGGACGUUCGAAGCCUCUGCAGCCACCACGGCGUGUUUGACUUGACCCGCUGCGCCUGCUCCUGCGAGCCUGGCUGGGGUGGGCCCACCUGCUCCGACCCUACGGACUCCCAAGUGUCCCCUUCCUCCCCUCCCUCCGCUUCCGGGUCCUGCCCGGAUGACUGCAACGACCAGGGGCGCUGUGUCCGCGGGCGCUGCGUGUGCUUCUCCGGCUACACGGGCCCCAGCUGUGGCUGGCCCUCCUGCCCCGGGGACUGCCAGGGCCACGGGCGCUGCGUGCGGGGCGUGUGCGUGUGCCGGCCGGGCUUCUCCGGCGCCGACUGCAGCCAGCGCUCCUGCCCGCGAGGCUGCAGCCAGAGGGGGCGCUGCGAGGACGGCCGCUGCGUCUGUGACCCCGGCUACACCGGCGAGGACUGCGGCUCGCGGACCUGCCCCCGGGACUGCGGCGACGGCGGGCGCUGCGUGGACGGCCGCUGCGUGUGCUGGCCCGGCUACGCGGGCGAGGACUGCGGCGCGCGGACGUGCCCGCGCGACUGCCGGGGCCGCGGGCGCUGCGAGGACGGCGAGUGCAUCUGCGACGCGGGCUACAGCGGCGACGACUGCGGCGUGCGCAGCUGCCCGGGCGACUGCAGCCAGCGGGGCCGCUGCGAGGACGGCCGCUGCGUGUGCUGGCCCGGCUACACCGGCCCCGACUGCGGCGCGCGCGCCUGCCCGCGGGACUGCCGGGGCCGCGGCCGCUGCGAGGACGGCGUGUGCGUGUGCAGCGCGGGCUUCAGCGGCGAGGACUGCGGCGCGCGGAGCUGCCCCGGGAACUGCGGCGGCCGGGGCCGCUGCGAGAGCGGCCGCUGCGUGUGCUGGCCCGGCUACACCGGCCGCGACUGCGGCGCCCGCGCCUGCCCCGGCGACUGCCGCGGGCGAGGGCGCUGCGCGGACGGCCGCUGCGUGUGCGACCCGGGCUUCACGGGCGAGGACUGCGGGAGCCGCCGGUGCCCCGGGGACUGCCGGGGCCGCGGCCGCUGCGAGGACGGCGUGUGCUUGUGCGACGCGGGCUUCGAGGGCGAGGACUGCGGCGCGCGGAGCUGCCCCGGCGGGUGCCGAGGCCGCGGGCAGUGCCUAGACGGGCGCUGCGUGUGCGACGACGGCUUCGCGGGCGAGGACUGCGGCGCGCGGAGGUGCCCGCAGGACUGCAGCCAGCGCGGCGUGUGCCGGGACGGCGUGUGCGCCUGCCGGGAGGGCUUCGCGGGCGAGGACUGCGGCCUCCGGACCUGCCCCUCCGACUGCCACGGGCGGGGCCGCUGCGAGGACGGGCGCUGCGUGUGCGACUCCGGCUACACCGGCCCCUCCUGCGCCACCCGCCUCUGCCCGGACGACUGCCGGGGCCGCGGGCGCUGCGUGCAGGGCGCGUGCGUGUGCCACGCGGGCUACAGCGGCGCGGACUGCGGGCGGGAGGAGCCCCCGGCCGCGGCCUGCCCCGGGGGCUGCGGGCCCCGGGAGCUGUGCCGCGCCGGCCAGUGUGUGUGCGUGGAGGGCUUCCGAGGCCCCGACUGCGCCAUCCAGACGUGCCCCGGGGACUGCCAGGGCCGUGGCGAGUGUCGUGAGGGCAGCUGCGUCUGCCAGGAGGGCUUUGCAGGGGAGGACUGCGGGGAAGAGGUGCCAGCCAUUGAGGGCAUGAGGAUGCAUCUCCUGGAGGAGACGACGGUGCGGACCGAGUGGACCCGGGCUCCGGGCCCCGUGGAUGCCUAUGAGAUUCAGUUCAUCCCCACGCCAGAGGGCGCCAGCCCGCCGUUCACUGCGCGGGUGCCCAGCUCUGCCUCGGCCUACGACCAGAGAGGACUGGCCCCGGGCCAGGAGUACCAGGUCACUGUCCGCGCCCUUCGAGGGACCAACUGGGGCCCUCCUGCCUCCAAGACCAUCACCACCAUGAUCGACGGCCCCCAGGACCUCCGGGUGGUGGCCGUGACGCCUACCACGCUGGCGCUCAGCUGGCUGCGCCCGCAGGCCGAGGUGGACCGGUUCGUGGUGUCUUAUGUCAGCGCCGGCAACCAGAGGGUGCGGCUGGAAGUGCCCGCCGGCGCCGACGGGACGCUGCUGACCGACCUGAUGCCAGGCGUGGAGUACGUGGUGACGGUCACGGCGGAGCGGGGCCGGGCCGUGAGCUACCCGGCUUCCGUCAGGGCCAACACAGCACCCGGCCACCACAGCCACCCGGAGGUGCGGCCGCCCGCCCCGCCCCCGCGGCCCCGGCCCGGCCCGGCCCCGCGCCCGCCGCGCCCGCCGCGGCCCACGGAGGAGGGCCCGAAGGAGCCUCGGCCCGGGCCCGGCGCGCCGCCGCCCUCCCGGCGGCCGUGGGGCGACCUGCCGGCCGAGCUGGGCCGCUUCCGCGGCUCCGCGCAGGACCUGGAGCGCCACCUGCGGGCGCGCGGCUUCCCGCUGCGGGCCAACCAGACGUACGCGUCCGCCGCGCGCCUCAUCCACGCCUACCUGCAGCGGCGGCGCGCGGCCGGCGCCCCGGGCUCCCCGGGCUCCCCGGGCUCCCCGGGCUCCCCCGCCCCCUCCGCCCCGCCGGCCCGCCGCCCCGCUCCCACCGCCGGCCCCUGGAAGCCCGACUCCCACCUGGGCAUCUACGGCCUCUCGCCCGAAGGCGUCGACGGGGUGGCCGGGCCGCGCCACCCCAAGCCCGAGGUGCUGGGCAGCUCCGCCGACGGCUCCCUGCUCGUGUCCCUCGACGGGCUCCGCGGCCACUUCGAGCGCGUGGUGCUGCGCUGGCAGCCGCAGCCGCCGGCAGAGGGCGCCCGCGGGGAGCUGAGCGUGCCGGGCUCGGCGCGCACCGCCAGCCUGCCCGGCCUGCGGCCCGGCACCACCUACCACGUGGAGGUGCACGGGGUGCGGGCCGGGCGGACCUCCAAGUCCUACGCCUUCAUCACCACCACAGGGUCCGCCCCCUCCGGCCUCCUGGGGGCCACUGAUGAGCCCCCGCCCUCCGGCCCUGCGACGACUCAAGGAGCCCAGGCGCCGGGCCUGCAGCAGCGCCCCCAGGAGCUGGGGGAGCUGAGGGUGCUGGGCAGAGACGAUGCGGGGCGCCUGCGCGUGGCCUGGAUGGCCCAGCCUGACACCUUUGACCGCUUCCAGCUGCGCCUCCGGGUGCCCGGCGGGCCAGGGUCGCAUGACCAACUACUGCCCGGGGAUGUCCGCCAGGCACUGCUGCCCUCGCCCCCUCCUGGAGCGCCCUAUGAGCUGUCCCUUCGUGGGGUCACCUCUGAGGGCGAGCCCUCUGCCCCGCUCAUCUACCAAGGCGUUAUGGACAGCGACGGGGAGAAGCCGGGGCAGCCCUGGGCCCCCCCGCGCCUGGGCGAGCUGACGGUGGCCGACGCGACCUCCAGCUCCCUGCGCCUGCACUGGACGGUCCCGCAGGGCGAGUUCGACUCCUUCACGAUCCAGUUCAAGGACCGGGACCGGCCCCGCGUGGUGCCCGUGGAGGGGCCGCAGCGCUCAGCCCUCGUCACCGGCCUGGACGGGGGCCGCAAGUACAAGUUUGUCCUGUACGGGUUUGUGGGCAAGAAGAGGCACGGCCCCCUGGUGGCGGAAGCCAAGACCGUGCCUCGGAGCGAGCCCAGCCCAGAGGCCCCGCCCCGCCUGGGCACGCUGAGGGUGACGGAGCCCACCCCGCACUCGCUGCGCCUCUCCUGGACGGUCCCCGAGGGCCGCUUCCACUCCUUCGUGGUGCAGUACAGGGACAGGGACGGGCGGCCCCAGACGGUGCCCGUGGAGGGGCCGGAGCGCUCGGUCACCGUCUCCCCGCUGGACGCCGGCCGCACGUACAGGUUCAGUCUGUUCGGCAUCGCCAGCAAGAGGCGGCACGGCCCCCUCGUCGCCGAGGGCACCACUGCCGCCCAGGAGGCCGUGGAGGAGACCCCGAGCCCCACAGAGCCCAGCACGGAGGCCCCCCAGCCCCCCGUGAAGCCUCGCCUGGGGGAGCUGACGGUGACGGGGUCCUCCCCGGACUCGCUGAGCCUGGCCUGGACCGUCGCCGAGGGCCAGUUCGACCACUUCCUGGUCCAGUACAAGAACGGGGACGGGCAGCCCAAGGCGGUGCGGGUGCCGGGACACGAGGCCGGGGUCACCAUCUCGGGCCUGGAGCCGGCCCACAAGUACAAGAUGCACCUGUACGGCGUCCACGCCGGCCAGCGCCAGGGCCCCGCCUCCGCCACCGGGGUGACGGAGGACGAGCCCCCCGGCCCCCCGGAACCCAGCGCGGAGGCCCCCGAGCCCCCCCAGGGGCCCGUGCUGGGGGAGCUGACGGUGACGGGGUCCUCCCCGGACUCGCUGAGCCUGGCCUGGACCGUGGCCCGGGGCCACUUCGACGCGUUCACCGUGCAGUACAAGGACGGGGACGGGCGGCCCCAGCUGCUGCGCGUCGGGGGCGAGGAGAGCGCGGUGACUGUGCGGGGCCUGGAGCCGGGGCGCAAGUACAAGAUGCACCUGUACGGCCUGCACGGGGGGCGGCGCGUGGGCCCCGCGGCCGCCCUGGGCCUGACCGCUCGUCCAGCUCCCGACUUCGAAGCUGUGACCACCCAAGUCCCGCCCACCACCACGGCCGAGCCCCCCGUGAAGCCUCGCCUGGGGGAGCUGACGGUGACGGGGUCCUCCCCGGACUCGCUGAGCCUGGCCUGGACCGUCCCCGAGGGCCAGUUCGACCACUUCCUGGUCCAGUACAAGAACGGGGACGGGCAGCCCAAGGCGGUGCGGGUGCCGGGACACGAGGCCGGGGUCACCAUCUCGGGCCUGGAGCCGGCCCACAAGUACAAGAUGCACCUGUACGGCGUCCACGCCGGCCAGCGCCAGGGCCCCGCCUCCGCCACCGGGGUGACGGAGGACGAGCCCCCCGGCCCCCCGGAACCCAGCACGGAGGCUCCCGAGCCCCCCCAGGGGCCCGUGCUGGGGGAGCUGACGGUGACGGGGUCCUCCCCGGACUCGCUGAGCCUGGCCUGGACCGGGGCCCGGGGCCAGUUUGACGCGUUCACCGUGCAGUACAAGGACGGGGACGGGCGGCCCCAGCUGCUGCGCGUCGGGGGCGAGGAGAGCGCGGUGACCGUGCGGGGCCUGGAGCCGGGGCGCAAGUACAAGAUGCACCUGUACGGCCUGCACGGGGGGCGGCGCGUGGGCCCCGCGGCCGCCCUGGGCCUGACCGCACCCGAAGCGGAGCCCCCUACCGGCGCCCCCGUGAAGCCUCGCCUGGGGGAGCUGACGGUGACGGGGUCCUCCCCGGACUCGCUGAGCCUGGCCUGGACCGUCCCCGAGGGCCAGUUCGACCACUUCCUGGUCCAGUACAAGAACGGGGACGGGCAGCCCAAGGCGGUGCGGGUGCCGGGACACGAGGCCGGGGUCACCAUCUCGGGCCUGGAGCCGGCCCACAAGUACAAGAUGCACCUGUACGGCGUCCACGCCGGCCAGCGCCAGGGCCCCGCCUCCGCCACCGGGGUGACGGAGGACGAGCCCCCCGGCCCCCCGGAACCCAGCACGGAGGCCCCCGAGCCCCCCCAGGAGCCCGUGCUGGGGGAGCUGACGGUGACGGGGUCCUCCCCGGACUCGCUGAGCCUGGCCUGGACCGUGGCCCGGGGCCGGUUUGACGCGUUCACCGUGCAGUACAAGGACGGGGACGGGCGGCCCCAGCUGCUGCGCGUCGGGGGCGAGGAGAGCGCGGUGACCGUGCGGGGCCUGGAGCCGGGGCGCAAGUACAAGAUGCACCUGUACGGCCUGCACGGGGGGCGGCGCGUGGGCCCCGCGGCCGCCCUGGGCCUGACCGCCGCCCUGCCCCCGGCGCCCCCGGGGGCGCCCCGCCUGGAGGAGCUGGCCGUGGCCGCCGUGACCGCGGACUCGGUGCACCUGUCCUGGACGGCGGACGGCGGCCCCUGGGACUCCUUCCUGCUGCAGUACCGGGACGCACAGGGGCAGCCCCAGGCGGUGCCCGUGGGCGGAGACCUCCGGGAGGCCACCGUCUCCGGCCUGGCCCCGGCCCACAAGUACCGGUUCCUCCUCUUCGGAGUGCGGGAUGGGCAAAGGCUCGGCCCACUCUCUGCCGACGCCAGGACCGUCCCAGACGCCAAACCGCCGCGCCUGGGGGAGCUCACAGUGACAGCUGUGACGCCAGACUCCGUGGGCCUCUCGUGGACGGUCCCCCAGGGCACAUUCGACUCCUUCGUGGUCCAGUACAAGGACAGGCACGGGCAGCCCCGGGCGGUGCCGGUGGCCGCAGACCAGCGCGCGGCCACCAUCGGCGGCCUGGAGCCCCACAGGAAGUACCGGUUCCUGCUCUACGGGCUGGCAGGCGGCAAGCAGCUGGGCCCCGUCUCUGCUGAGGGCACCACAGCCCCGGAAGAGGACACAGAGGCCCCUGAGACCCCUGGAGGGCCCCGCCUGGGGGAGCUGGCCGUGACCGACAGCGCCCCCGACUCCCUGCGCCUCGCGUGGACGGGGGCCCGGGGGCCCUUCGACUCCUUCGUGGUGCAGUACUGGGACGCGGACAGGCAGCCCCAGGCCUUGCUCGUGGGUGGGGACCAGGACGAGGUGCGCGUGUCAGGCCUGGAGCCCAGCACCCCCUACAAGUUCUUCCUCUACGGCCUCCACCACGGGAGGCGCCUGGGGCCCGUCUCCGCGGAGGGCACCACAGGGUCGGCGCCUGCCGGGCGGACGCCGGGGGAGCCAGGGCCGCGGCUGUCCCAGCUGUCCGUCACCGACGUGACCACCAGCUCCAUGCGGCUCAGCUGGGAGGCGCCCCCCGGGGCCUUCGACUCCUUCCUGCUUCGCUACGGGGUCCCGGCGGCCAGCACCCUGGAGCCGCACCCGCGGCCCCUGCUGCAGCGGGAGGUGACGGUGCCCGGCUCCCGGCUCUCGGCCGUGCUCCGGGACCUGCGGCCCGGGACGCUGUACAGCCUCACGCUGUACGGGCUGCGCGGGCCCCACCAGGCCGACAGCGUGCAGGGCACCGCCCGCACCCUCAGCCCAGUUCUGGAGAGCCCCCGGGACCUACAGUUCAGCGAAAUUGGGGAGACCUCGGUCAAGGUCAGCUGGACACCCCCACUGUCCAGAGCCGACAGCUUCAAAGUGUCCUACCAGCUGGUGGACGGAGGGGAGCCCCGGAGCGUGCAGGUGAGCGGCGCAGCCCGGACCCAGCAGCUCGAGGGGCUGGUCCCAGGUGCUCACUACGAGGUGACCGUGGUGUCUGUGCGAGGCUUCGAGGAGAGCGAGCCGCUCACCGGCUUCCUCACCACGGUUCCAGACGGCCCCACCCAGCUGCGUGCGCUGAACUUGACGGAAGGAACGGCCCAGCUGCACUGGAAGCCGCCCCAGGCUCCGGUGGACACCUAUGCUGUCAGGGUCACAGCCCCGGGUGCCCCCCCUCUGCAGGCCUCGGCCCCGGGCAGCGCUGUGGACUACCCCCUGCAGGGCCUGGAGCUCCACACCAACUACACGGCCACCGUGCAUGGCCUGCGGGGCCCCAACCUCACCUCUGCAGCCAGCAUCACCUUCACCACAGGGCUGGAAGGCCCCCAGGAUUUGGAGGCCAAAGAAGUGACGCCCCGCACAGCCCUGCUUACGUGGACUGAGCCCCAAGUCCUGCCCACCGGCUACGUGCUCUCCUACGACGCCCCUGACAGCCCGACCCAGGAGAUCCUGCUCCCGGGAAGCGCCACCUCUCACCAGCUCCGGGGCCUCUUCCCCGCCACCUCCUACAGAGCCCGGCUCCGCGCCGUGUGGGGCGAGGGCCUCUCGCCGCCCGUGUCCACCGCCUUCACCACCGGUGGACUGCAGGUCCCCUUCCCCCGGGACUGUGGGGAGGAGAUGCAGAACGGGGCGGGCAACUCCAGGAUCACCACCAUCUUCCUCAACGGGGACCGGGCGCGGCCGCUGGAUGUGUUCUGUGACAUGGAGACGGACGGGGGCGGCUGGCUGGUGUUCCAACGCCGCGUGGACGGACGCACGGACUUCUGGCGGGACUGGGAGGACUACGCCCACGGUUUCGGGAACCUCUCCGGGGAGUUCUGGCUGGGCAACGAGGCCCUGCACAGCCUGACGAGCGCCGGGGACUACUCCAUGCGUGUGGACCUGCGGGCCGGGGCCGAGGUGGCCUUCGCCCAGUACGACUCCUUCCGGGUGGACUCGGCUGCUGACUACUACCGCCUGCACCUGGAGGGCUACCGCGGCACCGCGGGGGACUCCAUGAGCUACCACAGUGGCAGUGUCUUCUCUGCCCGAGACCGAGACCCCAACAACUUGCUCAUCUCCUGCGCCGUCUCCUACCGCGGGGCCUGGUGGUACAGGAACUGCCACUACGCCAACCUCAACGGGCUCUACGGGAGCACCGUGGACCACCAGGGCGUGAGCUGGUACCACUGGAAGGGCUUCGAGUUCUCGGUGCCCUUCACGGAGAUGAAGCUGCGACCCCGAGGCUACCGGGCGCCGGCCGGGGGAGGCUGA